ACUUUUUUUUUUUUAUAUAUAUAUUCCCCCUUUGGGGCUCACACACUCGCAUAGAGUGCGCGUAUGAGAUAUUUUCUCUGUACGCCGCAAGGCUCGCAGUCUGUGAUGAACCCAAGUCGUGCUCAGUCGUCGUUUAUUGUGUUGAAUCCCCACGCCGUUUGAUCGUAUCCCACGUUUCAUUUCACUCCACAUCUAAAAGAAAUCUGAUGGAUAACUUAAAGUAAAACAAUCAACAAUCGUCUGUGUGUGUGUGUGCUUGAAAGGGUUGUCAGUGUGUACAGCGAAAAGUGAUUCACUUUGUUGCUGGCAGACGCCUUGGAUUUGUGUGUGUUGCCCCACCAUUAAGAGGGGGAAAGAGGGUAGUGGAGAAUUUCCCAGUGUGUACGAAGAACACAAGAGAAUAACAGCACGAAAAAGAAAGCCAAACACGGCCGUGGACUAUGUCAUGUGCAUCCAGCAGUCCGGUUGGUUUCGCCGCAUCACAUUUCUCAGCUCAAAGUUCUCCAGUUUUGCCUUCAAUGAAAUCGGGCGAUGGAAGUCAGCCAUCACCUGCUCCUCGCUCGUCUUCCUACAUGCUGAUGUUGAACAGCUUCGCGUCGGAUCUGGAUUCCAUCCUCAGUGAUUUGAGUACCAGUCCGACGCUACGAGGAAGUCAGGAACUGGUCGGAUCGCCGGAUCGAAGCGAUGUCGGGAAUAGUCCCGCGGUUUCCUGUCCCGACUUGCCCGGAUUCUCACAAUCGUGCGGUGAAGAUGCGGUCGACUCUUCAGAUAUUCCGCUACUUGAGAGACUCAUCCGAAGUCAUCCCAUUUGGUAUUUGCCCAAUAUCCAACGGGUAGCAGCCGCCCAGCUCCUUCAAAAUCAAGAACAAGGCGUUUUUAUAACUCGCCAAUCGAGUCAGCCGGGCACAUUAGCGUUAUCAGUUAAAUUGACAUCUACUGUGCCGGAAGCUGGAUCUCGUCUUAGUAUCGGUGCUGCCGUUAUAGGCGCUGGUGUCCAACAUUAUCUGAUUGAAGCCGCUGAAACUCCUCAAAAUGGUGUCAGACUCGAAUCGUCUGAUUUCGUAUUCGAUAACUUGCCUGCCCUUUUGGCACACUAUUGCCAAUGUUGCGACGAACUACCCGUCCGUCUCAGAUUGCCGGCCAGAAUUCGCAAUUGUUCGAACCGUCCAAGUCUCACAUCUUUGGCUUCAUUAGGACAAGAAUUUUGGAACACGGGUGAAAACAUUUUAACGAUUUCAACUAAGAGGGCACCGCCAGUACCGCCAUUAAGGCUAUCCACAUUCGAACCGUUGCUUCCAACCCCAACUACACCCGAUGACCGGAAAAGUCAUUCACCUCGAUUGGAAGCUCGUGGUUCCGAGCCAGUGCCUCCGCCACCUCCCCCACGUUGGUGCAAACCUCAAUUGGCUAUUACCAAUUUCAAUCCUUCAUCGGAUUCAUCACUUGAACCGGAAUCGCCCGUUUUUGCUAUUGACACCCCACCGUUGUUGAAAGAAGUUGUUCCAGUUGUCGAAGAACAGCCAAAAAAGGAAAUUAAAAGGCACGUACAGAGAAGAAGAAAACCCCGGCGGAGGAGAUCGACAGCUCCAUUGUCUCCGCAAUGCCAUCACAGCAGUUUGGCGGACAAGGCCAGCGAUUAUGAAGAUAUUUGGGGCACGUCGCCCGGUGCCAGUCACGAUGAAGACGCUGAUGAAGGAUACGAUCCUCCACCACGGCCCGUUAUACUGGCCAAUGAAGAAGAUACGGCCUUAAGUGAUCGGCCGGAAGAUGAGAUCUGUCAUGAGAAUUAUUCUGCCACAAGUAGCAGCUCGAAUUCGACGUUGGAAAAGAUGACGUCAGUCAGCCCGGAACGCAGACCGUCGAUUUCAAGUGGACCAGAGUCAUUGGUAGAUGUCAUAGAGCCGGAAGAGAUUAAACCACCAUCGCCUUUCCAGGAAGAACCACAAAGAUUAUCUGUGACAAUUAUCGAAAUCCGAAAUAAUCCAGUGCCUGAAAUCGAUCAUCAACAAGAGGAUAAGAUCCAAAUGCAGGUGGAGAACAAAGAAAAUGCUGAACCGGAUACAAGUGAAAUUGUCGCACUAGUUCGGAGACGGACAAGUUGCAGUUCGACCGAAAGUCGAGGAGAAACAAACAGCCGGAGAACAUCUCCUCUUUAUUCUGAACCAGCGGAUGCCUUACCUCCGGAAUUAGCAUGGAAACAUCAACAACCAGGACGGCCAUUGCCUGUACCUCCUUUUCCAUCCGUACCGACAACUGAUUUCAGUACAUUUACUAAAGACGGUUACGUCCGUUGCACUCUGCCCAGUUUGACACCAUCGCAAUCGAAUCCGAGGGUCAACGUCUUGCCACCAACUGGACAGCGUCCCAUAUCAAACAACAAUAGAGGCAAGCAGGUUGUUAUGCCGAAGCCUCCAACCGGUUCAUCCAUCACGACAUCGUUGCCAAUCGAACAACGUAAAGCUUUUCCAUCCGUCAUUUAUCUCCCAGCGCCUGGAGAAGAUACGGUUACCAUACAGGAAGUCUUAACGACCUUGUGCCCAUCGGCGGCCUUGGGCACUCCAUCGCCUGUUCCAUCACAUCCUCAGUUGACUCGGAAUGUGGCCACAUCUCAUCUAACAAAACAACGAGUUUCUGCUUAUGAUAAUUUAUUAUCAGGCUCGGCUGGUGAUCUGGAGGAAGCGGAUGAAGAGCCGGAUGAACGAGAUAAUGAUUCGAGUGAUGAUGGAACAGUCACUGAAUUUUCUGAGCCUUGGGAUAGCGCUCGAUGGGAUCGACUUCUUUCAUCGCCAUCUAGUAGCAUCCGUGGAGGAACUAGUACGAUAGGCAGACGGAAGCGGUCUCUCCAUCUCGCCCAGCAACAUACGCUCAAUACGGGCAGCUCGAAUUCGUCAGACGGCGGAAUUGGCACACUCAGUGAUUUCGAAACGCUGAGGCCAAUCGAUCCAGCGCCGAAAUCGAUAAACGACCGACCCCCUUCCGGUUCACAUGCUCCGCUUUCACGCACCCGCAGUUUCAAGGACAAAAUGGACCCAUUGUUGGCUUCUCCUCGAUUAUUAGCCUUGCGUUCCACGUGUAACAGCCAAGCUGGCAGAAACCUUCAGGUUUUGAUUCUUCAACUGGGACGGGAUUGUACCACAACUUUUGGCCGAAGUUUGCAAAAUUUCCUACAGUGUACACGAGAAGCCAAAGAGCAGCGGGCAGCAGCUGUCCUCCGUAACGUCCGUCAAUUCAUUUCGGGAAUUAAAAACUUUUUAGUUCAACAUGGAGAGCCGGCCUUUGAUAAUGCAUUGUUGGACAUUCGUGCUAAACUUAAAUCGAAUGAAUUCCUCAAUGUCGAUGUCGUCCUGGAACUCGUUCUACAUCAGCUGGUCACUCUUCCGCUUCGGUCGCAUUUGUACAAAUUACUGGGACAAGAAGCUCUAGCUGCUGGAAGUGUGCAGCAAUUACUUGCUGGAAUCCGAGUAGCUCGUGAGAUUCAUCCGUCAAGUUUAGGAUUGAAAGAAGGGCAAACGCCACCUUCGACGGACAUCCUGGACCGGGCAACAGCCAGCAUGGAACGUUUGCAACGGGCAGCUUCUCCUUUGGACAAGCUGGAACAGUUGCUUGACGCUUGCACUGUCAUCUACAAUCACGCAGCCGAAACAUGUGGCGAGUCUGUCGCGGCUGAAGAUUUCCUUCCGCUAUUAGCCUGGUUGCUGGCCCAUUGCGGUUUCUCCACAGCUGAAAUGGAAGCCGAUUUCAUGUGGGCCUUGCUCCAACCUUCGCUAUUAGCCGGCGAAGGUGGUUAUUUCUUAACAGCCCUGAGUUCCGCCGCUCAGCUCUUGAAGAACCUUCAGUCGAGGCCGGCCUCUCCGUCGGAUUGCGGCAGUUGGAUGGGAACGCUGACUUCAAUCCCUGGAGGCGACGUCUCCUCAUGUACGUCCAUGUCGACAUCCAUCCAAACGCCUUGCGUUCUUCGAGUUCUGGUAGCCGAUGAGAACCAGAGCAGUUUAUUGGCCCGUACCGUUCCCCUACGGCCAUCCAUGACAGUUCGUGACGUCACCAAAUUACUAGCCCUCAAACUGCGACUGUCCAACCCUCAGGACUUUACGCUGGUGGCUCUUGUAGACGGCCAAGAGAUCCAAUUACCCGAGACGGAAAACCCUCAGACGUGGAUUUUGGGCAACGCUGCAGCGACGGCUGUGGCGGCUGCGGCAGUGACGGCCGCCGUCAACGGAGGCGGAAUAGAUCGACCCUGCACUACGUUUGCCUUCCGGCGUCAAGACGCCAAGAUAGCGUGGCCUAGACAGAUCAACGGCUAAAAAAAAAAAAACACAUGAAUAUUAAUUUAAAGAGUUAGAAAGGAGAAAAAGAUUCCUUUGUUUUUAAAUCUCCAUCGUGAUGACAUGAAAACCCUAAAAAUGGGAGGAAAAAACAAAAACAAUUGGUAAUUUUCUCCCUUUUUGGGAUGUUACCCUAAAUGGGCACGGGUGGCACACAUAUAUAAUAAAUAUACACAACAACGCGUGUGCCACACCUUUUCGUGUCGAACGAGGGGAGAGACAUGACACGGGCGUAUGAAUCACCUGGCACAGAGAGCAAAUCUGGUUUAUCUGUUGCUGUUCUUUAUGUGCACCACUAUUAUUUUACUACUGCACCACUACUAUCUGAAACGGAAUUUGUCAUGCUUCGCCCAUUUUUUUCUGUUUUCUAUUUUACCUGUUUUUUUUUCUGUUGGAAUGAUGACGACACCUAAUCCGCGGUUUUUGAUUUUUUAUGCUGACGAUUUCUCUCUUCUUAUUUUUCUUUCCAUUUUUGCAUAUAAAGAAAAUGAAUCAGCAUAGAUGAUUCAUUGAGUUAAGGAAACGGAACUUUAAAAAGACAAAAGAUAGAAAAUGUCGAAUGCUCAUUUCGCCAUGUAAUGUAAAAAUAAAAACAUGUGUGCUCAUGUGUGUGUGACGUUAUAAACAUGGCUUCUAACACACCCUUUAUACAUAUAUAACUUCUUUUACCAAUUACUACAUGCCUGUGCAAAAAUAUAUUCAAGAGACAAUGUU